AUAAGAGAUUUGUUAGAAAAGAAAAACAAGCGUCCAUUUUCUACAGAAGUCACCAUUCAGUUCAGUCAAUCAUGACAUUUUAUAGAAUUGUGUGGAAAUGUACUCAAUUUUCUAAUAUCUAAAUGUAAUAGUGAUUGAAUAUUACAUAUUCUGCGAAAAAACUAUUUAUAAGCAUAGUUGCAAUAGUUACUGACGCCGAUUCGGUGCGUCACAUGAUAGUUUCUUACAAUCCUAAUAUGACAAGGUCUAUUACAAAACAUAGGUAACUCGAGCCUUGCUAGUCAAGCUCGUUUUAUUUGAUCUGGUUAGACUACUUAGAUGGUGUUCCAUGGUUUUAUUUCAGUGAUCAACAAGUUCAAGUAGCAAUGGUUCGAGCCAGUAGCUUGAUGGCGGGUCAAGAGGGCGUGAAGACCCCACACCGCAUUGAGCUCUGUGAGGAGAAGCCUGUCAGGGCUACACGCAAUUAUAGGAAGCGCAGGAUUAUAACCGCAGCAACACCAAAGACUGAAAAUGCUGAAUUGAAGCAGGAGCCUCCUGUAAAAAAAAUUGAAUUGAGAUCGAAGCCUUUAAAGACAAGUAACGGAAUUACAAAUAUGACGAAUGGACACACGGCGCGCUCUCGUGCGGCUCGCGCUGCCGCCCGCGCGGCCGAGAGCCACAAACUGACUGAAUAUUUUAAAGAAGAGCUCAAGAGUCCUAAAGUAGAGCCCCCUCAGUCCCCCCCAUCCAUAGAAAAGACUGUGACAGUUGAACCAAAAGUGGUGAAUGGAAACAGCAAUCAUAAACUGACUGAGUACUUUCCUGUUAGGCGUAGUGUAAGAAAAACUUCAAAAUGUGUGAUGGCUGAGAAGAUGAGGGAUUUGGAAAGAGCUAUCAGAGAGCAGCGGGAGGAUGGUUUGCAGGUGGCAUAUUUCGAGGGCAAAGGCCGGGGUGUUAUCGCUACUCGGCCGUUCGGACGUGGCCAAUUCGUGGUGGAGUACUCUGGAGAACUCGUGGGAGUGGCUGAAGCGAGGGAACGCGAGCACAAGUACGCACAAGAUCCGAACGCUGGCUGCUAUAUGUACUACUUCAGACAUGGAGACCAACAGUAUUGUAUCGACGCGACAUCAGAAUCGGGUCGUCUCGGGCGGCUGGUGAACCACUCGCGGAACGGCAACCUGCUGACGAAGGCGGUGUGGGUGGACGGGCCGCGGCUGGUGCUGCUGGCGGCGCACGACAUCCGCCCCGGCGAGGAGCUCACCUACGACUACGGCGACCGCUCCAAGGAGUCGCUGCAGCACCAUCCCUGGCUCGCGCUCUGACCUGGGUGCACAUCCAAAAAUCUCAAUUGGACUUCUAAGCAUUAUUUAUUAAUUUAGCCUUAGUUAUUAUGAAGUUGUUGCUAACAUUUUGUUUGAGGUUGGACAUAUUUUGUAUUGUUAAGUAGUGAGACAAGUGGCCUAACACUAGUUAUGUGAACAGGGUGGAGAGUUCAUAAAAAGAGUAAAACUGCCUUAUGCCACUCGUAAUAAGGAUGACAGUCCGACGAUUGCACCAUUCGCCUUAGGUAUCGUUAAGGUUGAAAGGACAAGAGCACUCCAGUUUUGUUUCUUGUCUUUGGAAACUAUCUACAUUUUCAAUAUUUAUUAGCAAGAAAUUAUGACAAGAAACAAAAUGGCCGCUCUGCGUUUUGUUAUCUUGAAUGUGGUAUACGAGAGUUAUUGUUUUUGUAGCAACUUUUGUAUUUGUAUGAGUAUGAGCAUGUAACUGUAUUUGAAUUUCAAUGCAAUGUUGCUGUAAUGACGACCUGUUAAGGUGAUAUUCAAAGAAAGUAAACAUUUAAUUUGAAAUUUGCGCGGUAGUUAUAUAAGUGUUGUCAAAUCAAGCUUUCGUGCAAAAAUCACGACUUAGUUGCAAGAAAACUAGCUCAAUUUGGUACCAUUUAGAAAGACCCUGUGAGAAAAGACAAAAUCCUAUUCCCGGAUUAAUCUGGAUUAUAACUAUAUAGCGAGGCCUGGUAAGACUAGCACAAUACGAAGCCACAAACAUUCACAAAGGCUAAGCCAGAGACGCUGAUCACAUGGUACAAAUAUUACAACCUACUGGUUGUAUUAUGACAAAUUCCAACUACCUAUGUUAAAUGUCAUUAGUUAUGCCUAAAUUACACAUAGCAAGCAAAGGUCGCAUUAAGUGUACAGUACAUGGGUACAUUUCAAUAAAAAAGUAUGUCGGUAAAACAGUAUUCCUACAUGUGAAUCCAGUUCUGUUUUAUCGAUUGUGCUUGCGACCAAGGUACUAAUUCUUUCAUGAUGAACUUGUUUAGUGUAUUUUAAGACAUUAUUUAUUGAAGAGGUAAAAACAAGACUUAUUCCCGAUCACGACACCAACUCGAAUAGUUUUCGUUAUUGAUAGCUUUAGCUUUAUGUUAAGUAAUUUUGAAAAACGUGAGGUUGUAAUUGUAAGUUGCUCACUGCGUAAACAUGAUAAUUAUGAUUCCUAAUAAUUGAUCCUAAAUUUUGUUUUAUUUGUUACAUAGUUUCGUUUCUGAUAAAUAGAAAAUUGUUUAUGAAAAUGACGCUUUAGACUCGUGCCGUAGUAUUGAAUAGAUAAAUUAAUUACGAAUAAUAAAUUUGCCCACCGAAAGUAGAUAAAAUCGGGUAGUUUCAUAUCAUUCAUUAUUUUGAUUUGAAGUAAGGCUUAUUUAAAUCUAAUCUAUGAAUCGAAUUAAAUUUUGAUUAAAGUUUAAAGCCUAUUUAAAACAAGGGUAACACCAAACGUACAGUAAAAUCGUGGGUGGGCAAAAACCUUGAUUGACGUCCAAAGUUGUUGAAAUAAGCGCCACUGACGGUAGUGGAGCCCUAUAGUAUAGAUCUCCUUGCAUUCUCAUUGUAUCGAUUGAGCCGAGAGGAGUAGAGGUUAAAAGCGUAUGUGUGAUAGACUGUAUCCCCAGGUAGAACUGCAAGGGCGAAUAUAUUACAAGAUAUUGUAAUGCGCGACCGGCCCUGGCGAUAUUAUGCUUAAUACCUUUGUUAUUUAGGGUUAAUUUUGUGAGGACAUGAUGGUCAUCUUGAUAUUCAAGACAGAUACAUUUAGUUUGCAAAGACAUUUCAUCAUAACGAUGGAACGAAUGUACUAACUUCAAGCUAACAGAAACUGGGUAUGAUGAUUCCAACGCGAAGUCAACUUCGCGUUUAAUAAGUAUCGCGAUGGUACGAAUGUUUAGUACAUUCGAGUCAAACUUCUUCAAGUUAAAUUGAUUUACUAAAUUAAAGAAACACAGAUGCAACGAACGGCUCUCACAUAGCCUAAAUCCUGCAAAGGAAAGAGACAAAUAGACUUCACUGGCGCUGUGUGAAUAUAGCGUUCAUGUAAUUAGUAGGUACGAAGUACUUAUUAAAUCCAUGAUAGCAUUACAUUUCUUGAUAAUCAUGUUCGAUGUAUAAAUAGUUUCGCAUUUUGUCAAUGGGCUGGAGCGUAUAUUUUGGUAUAUGUCAAAGUAGAAUGGUUUUUUACGGUAAUAUAAUUUUGUAUGUAAACAUAUAAAAAAUAAAUUAUAGAAUAAGCUGGUGGGGUUAGCCGUGUUCACCAAAAGAGUAAUUAUUAAUUUCUAAUUGACGUUGUUAUUGUAUGUGUAGAUGUGAGCCAGUCGUUAAUUACGUAAUGAUUUUUUAAAAUCUAUGUGAAGAAUAAUAUUUUAAAUUUGUUUCUAUUUUAAUUUGAAUUGAUUACUAUUAUUAAUCAAUAUAAAAAUUCUUACAAAUGAAUUAGAAUGAUUUAUAAAAGUUCAGAUUUUUUUUUCAAGAACAAUGACUGGUGAACUUCGCGUGUAAUUUAUUGUACCGAUUGUGCACUUGUUUGUAACUUUCUACUUAAUUGUACUGUAGAUUCAUGUGGCUGGGUUCCAAUUUAUCGGCAAAACAUUCAUUUUGUUUUAUUAAACUAUAUGUAUUUGCAUUUCGAAAAUAAUAAUAUAAUUGUAAUUUAUGGCAAUUGACAUAACUAAGAAUUUAUACUUAUAAUUAGUAUUAUUUUGUUAUAUGAAUGAGAAAGAAUCCAGCUUCAUUAUUGCGCUUUAAAUAGUAUUGCUUUGGUAGUUCCUACACCUACGACGCCUCGUGUGGUAUCCUAACCUUCCUAACCUACUAAAUCUAUUACGGAGUGGCAUCGCCACAUAGGCUAGUAUUUAAUACAGUUCCACUGUGUAGGAGUACUUAUACGGUCGUUGUUGUUACGUACUGUAAUAUUUUGGCCACAGUUGAGAACAUUUUGCCUGCAGAUUUAUUUAUGCAGAAUUUUUGGCUCGCUUCUGUUCCAUCAAUUCUUGUGAGCGUUACGUAAAGUGUGUGAUUGAGACCGGGCGGGAAUACGACAUUAAUUCGCGUUAAUAUCAGUUAUGGUUUAUGCCGAGUUUACACCUGGGAUUUAACUUAUCUCUCUCUCUCUCUUAUCACGCGUCACAUAGCAAGUACAUUGUUACUCUUUUAUUAAUAUUUUUCCUUUAGGCUUUUCUGGGCCUGAAGGCCUACCACGAAAUAUAUAAACACAUACCACGUAACUAACGUCCACAUGCUAACUCUUUUCCCAUGUACGCAUCGUGUAAGUUAAAACGUGUGGACGCAAUGACGUGCUACGUGAUUUAUGUUUUAUGCUAGCUAAUAAUCAGGAGUAUUCUACUCUACCAUUCUUCAUGACACGACAUGAAUUUAGUGCAAAAUAAUAAAAGCAAAUGUACCGAUGUGGCCGAGCCAUUACAUGUACAAAAUAGUAUAAAUUAUGAUUAUAUUUUAAUAUAGAAUAAUAUAUUUCUACAAUAUAGGUUUUGCAUUUCAUGAACUAAACAAUUUAAAUGGUAUUCAUGUUUUGUUUUAUAGGUACAUCAUGUUAUUUGAUUUAUAAAUUGUGACUGUGUGCACUGUAGUUAGAUUGUGCAUUUACUGUUAAUUUCCAAAGCAAAUCCAUUAGGUUUAGAAAUAUUUUUUGAAAGAAUGGUGUCGGGAAUUGCAGGAAAUGCUUAAUUGUUUUGUUUAUUUUGUUUAUAUGUAGCACACGACUACACUGUGAUUAUUCAGUGCUUAUUUAGUCAGAUUAUAUAAUGGUCCUAAAAGACCGACCCUAAUAUUUAGAUUAGUCAGUACAUAAAAUUGUUAGGUACGUAAUAAAUACAAUUUGCAAUAAAAAUGGUCGAGUGUCUAUAAUAUAGACAAAAUAGACAGUGAGAGUUAAAAGUUAACUAUUAUAGUGCGCACAAAUCACUGCAAGUGAUGUAGUUAAAAUUAACUGGGAUAGCGCUGAACGGCGCUUAGACUGUUGACAAUGUUUUCACUUAAAUGUAAUAAGCUUAACUAGUAGACUAGAUAAAUCAAAUACUUAUUAUUAAAUGAAUAAUCUACUAGCUGUAUGUUCACGUGUCACUUUGCACCAAUGAUGUUUAGAAUUUAUUUGUUUAUGAAUCAUUAGAUCUGCAGUGGGAGUCUGUAAGUUUUUUAUUUAUAUUUCUUAGAAGAUUCAACGCACGUCAAUGUUAAAAACUAUGGAAAACAACGGAGGGCAUCGUGCUAAAUCGACCACGUCAAGGCUCCUUCCAAAAUACUAUAAUGACAAGAUAACGACUUAUCAUUAGUAGAAUUGUCUUCUAAUUUAUGUCUACCGAAAUCUUGCCACUAUGGAAUGUUUUGCAGUGAGAUACGAGCAUCCAAUCACAUUCGAUAGUUGUUGUCGCGGUCACGCUGCGAUUGGUUGACUGUGUCUUGAGUGCAAAAAUAUUUGAUAGUGAAAAGUGAAUUGGAAACCAUCACAUCAUUUUGUCGCUAUAAUAUUACAGACUUUCUCGGCUGGUGUUAACCGAAGUUCAGAGAUUAGUCUUAUUUAACCUUUGAGUUUUUUCAACCUGAUUUCUGAGCUUUGUUAGACAUCUAUCCUUAGGUUUUUGUUUGAGAUGAAUCAGCAUUUUAUCUUGGUAAAAUAAAAUCCAGUGGAGUUUUGUCUCGAACAAAAUAGGGUAGUUAUACAGAUUUUGUUGAACAAUAUUGCGGUUAAUAUAAUUCUAGGACAUAAUUUGUAAGAUAAAGGUAAUUUUGAAUUUGAUUGACCAAGAUCAUCUUUGAUAUCUAUUUUAUGCUAAACAAACAUGUUGCUAAUUUGCUACAUGAACACUCUAACAGCUUUACUUUGUACUUUUUUAUUUCGAAUUGUAGACUAAAGUAACUUAAAAAUUUUAGCCCUUUUAUGGUCACAGAUAUAUCCUUACCUUGAUCUGUUGCAAUUUAUUGAUUCUGUUUUAAAACGGUCAAUAAUUUCAAAAAAGGAAACAAUAUUUUUAUAAAACCAUCAUAAUUUUUUCAUCAGAUAUUUUUAGAAUUAAGACUUGAAAAAUCCAUAAAGAAUAGAGGAUGACAGUUGUUUGGAACUAUUUGUAAUACUUACACAUAUUUUAAUGGCUAUUUUCCUACAUAGCAAAAGUUUUGAGACUUAAUAAUUUAUUUUAAAAACGCGGGCCGUCUUGCACUGCCCUAAAUAUUAAUAUAAACAGUAGAAUUGAGAAUGAGUGAAAAUAAAAAUAAUAAUUUUA